AUUAUUAUUAUUUGAUCUCCAUCUUAAUUAGUUUAGUUGAUAAUAUUGAUCUGCUCGAUCUGGAUUGUCCCGGACUCCGGUCUUGGCAUCUCCGGCGGUAUUCGCAGAACUUCCCCGAAAAUCUCACUGCUUGGACUUUCACGAUCCCAACGCUCAUCGUCUGGACACGAUCAACUUGCCCACAAUGCCGCCACGGCUUCCGCUAGGGCUGAAGCAGGCGCUGUCGCCUCUUUGGGUCCCGUCGUCUCUGGCCCAGAAUGUCUCCAGACGAUCUUUUGGUAUCCGGUCCUUGGAGCCUCCUCGACCGAAUCGCUUCAAUGUCGGCCAGGAUCUGCCGGUGCUGAAGUCGACGAACACGGCGGCUCUCGAACGCAAGGCCGCUACGACUCCUCUCCGAACGGGCGCUAUUGCUGUCAAGAAGGGCAUGACCGCCAUCUACGACCCCGAGACGGGAAAGCGUACCGCAUGCACAGUCCUGCAACUCGAUCGAGUCCAGGUCGUAUCACACAAGACGCGGCAACAGCACGGCUACUAUGCCGUCCAGGUCGGUUCCGGAUGGAAACAUGCCAGCAACAUGACGAAAUCGCUCCUCGGCCAUUUCUCCGCCCAUGGAGUCUCCCCGAAGAGACAUGUCCAUGAGUUCAAGGUCAAGGAUGAGAGCGGCCUGCUCCCCGUCGGACAGGUCAUCAACGCGGACUGGUUCCAGGAAGGGCAGUUUGUCGACGCCCGCUCGAAUACGAGGGGUAUGGGUUUCGCGGGUGUGAUGAAGAGACACGGCUUCCACGGUCAGGAUCGCAGUCACGGUGUCAGUUUGACGCAUCGUUCGCUAGGUUCCGCCGGUCAGGGUCAGGGUGGUGGUUCCAGAGUGUAUCCCGGAAAGAAAAUGGCUGGAAACAUGGGUAAUGAGCGGAAUACCGUCCAGAAUCUCAAGGUGUUGAAGGUUGAUCCUGAGAAUGGCAUUGUUGUCGUGAACGGUGCUGUCAGUGGUCCCAAAAACACUGUCGUGAUGAUUCAGGAUGCUAUUAAGAAGCCUUGGCCUGAGAUUGCGUUCAAGCAGGCGGUUGCUCAAGCAGCUUGAAGUGGAGACUCUUUGUUGCCCUUAGGUUCUUCUAUCUUGUUUUUUUGCCCCCCUUCGGUGUACUAUACAUCUCAUAUCCGGUGAUGGCGCUCGCAUAUAGGAUACAAAUGAUUCCCAUUACUCUCUUCAACACGCGCAUAUACAAAAAUCUCAUCCCAUGAUGCGGCAGCCCUUCAAAACGCCAGCUUUCCUUUUAAUAAGAAUUGAAAAAAAAGUAGUAUCAUACAAAACU